AUGCUUACGGCGGGUCGCUUUUUUGGCGGCGUGGGGAUUGGAAUGCUGUCGAUGGUUGUCCCCGUUUACAUUUCAGAGAUUUCUCCUCCAGAAAUCCGUGGCACAUUGCUCGUGUUUGAAGAACUCUCUAUUGUUGUCGGAAUUGUGGCUGCGUUUUGGAUAACGUUCGCGACCAAGGAUAUCCCAAAUCACUGGUCAUGGCAAUGUCCCUUUCUUCUCCAAAUCUUUCCAGGACUUCUACUCGGGAUCGGCACCAUCUUCCUUCCUUAUUCGCCCCGCUGGCUUGCUUCAAAAGAGAGAUAUGAAGAGUCUUUGUCGACACUCGCCCGACUCCGAGCGCUACCCCAGGACGACCCCCGCGUUCGUCGCGAGUGGACUGAUAUUGUCGCCGAGGCUCGUUUCCAAACAAUGGUUCUGAAGGAACGUCACCCGAAACUUGCGACAGGCUCGUCAGCUUCAUCCAGGAUUAAGCUGGAGAUUUUCUCCUGGACGGACUGCUUCAAAACCGGUUGCUUGCGCCGUACCCAUGUGGGCGUUGGCAUCAUGUUCUGGCAACAAAUGGUGGGUAUUAACUCCCUAAUCUACUACUCGCCGACGCUUUUUGCAACUAUGGGUCUUGAUUACAACAUGCAGCUCAUCAUGUCUGGGGCCUUGAACUGUGUGCAGCUUAUUGGAGUGAUGAGCAGUCUCUGGACUCUGGAUCGCUUUGGACGACGGACCAUCCUACUGAUUGGAAGCGUCUGCAUGUUUUUCUCUCAUCUGGCCAUCGCAGCGCUGGUCGGCAAAUUCUCACACGACUGGCCCAGCUAUAUAACGGAGGGCUGGGUGAGCGUGGCGUUCUUGUUCGCUUUCAUGUUGAGCUUUGGUUUCUCAUGGGGGCCUGUUCCGUGGGUAAUGCCAUCCGAAGUGUUCCCUUCGUCUCUUCGAGCCAAGGGAGUUGCGAUUGCAACCUGCGGAAGUUGGCUAUGGAACUUUAUCAUUGGCCUCGUCACUCCACCCCUGAUUCAAGAAACCGGGUUCGGCACGUACGUGUUCUUCGCCGUGUUCUGUCUCGGAUCCUUGGCUUGGACCUACUUCUGCGUUCCCGAGACAAACGGAAAGUCACUGGAAGAAAUGGAUCAGGUCUUUCACGAUCGCGCUGGAGCUGCUGACGUUGAGAGGAAGAAUCAAAUUCUUCGUGACUUCAUUCAGGAGCAACAGGCGAAUGUGCUUCGGCAAAGCGCUUAG